UUAUGGGAUAGGUCUAUGGGCAUGGAGUCCAAAUCAGUUGUGGACUUAAUAGAAGCUUCCUCAGGGGUUCAUUUUUCUGGAUUUCACAUGAACAGUCUGCAGGAAAGGCAUUCAAAUGUGGACCAACCAACAACCUCUGCUGCAGAUAACAUUCUUAUGCAACCUUUUGUCAUAGGGGUUGCUGGUGGAGCAGCAUCUGGUAAGACUACAGUUUGUGAUAUGAUUAUACAACAGCUUCAUGACCAGCGUGUUGUUCUUGUUAACCAGGAUUCUUUUUACCAUAAUUUGACACCAGAAGAACAUGUAAGAGUACAUGAAUACAAUUUUGAUCAUCCUGAUGCAUUUGAUAAUGAGAAACUUUUAGCUUCUAUGGAUAAGUUGAGGAAUGGGCAAGCAGUAGAUAUUCCAAACUAUGACUUCAAGAGUUACAAAAACAAUGUCUUCCCGCCUAGAAGGGUAAACCCUUCAGAUGUGAUAAUUUUGGAAGGCAUUCUCAUUUUUCAUGAUCCCCGUGUUCGAGAGUUGAUGAAUAUGAAGAUAUUUGUCGAUACAGAUGUUGAUGUUCGUUUAGCAAGGAGGAUAAGGCGUGACACAGUAGAAAAAAACAGGGAUAUUGGUAUAGUUCUUGAUCAGUACUCAAAGUUUGUGAAGCCUGCAUUUGAUGACUUUAUUCUUCCUAUAAAAAAAUAUGCUGACAUCAUUAUUCCUCGUGGAGGAGAUAAUCACGUGGCUAUUGAUUUGAUUGUACAACACAUCCAUACAAUGCUUGGCCAGCAUGACUUGUGUAAAAUAUAUCCUAAUUUGUACGUUAUACAUUCAACUUUUCAGAUAUGGGGCAUGCAUACCCUCAUACGUGAUUCACAAACAACGAAGCAUGAUUUUGUAUUUUAUGCUGAUCGGUUGAUUCGUUUGGUCGUUGAGCAUGGUCUGGGACAUCUGCCAUUUACAGAAAAACAGGUGGUCACUCCAACUAAGUCCGUGUAUACUGGUGUAGAUUUCUGUAAGAGAUUAUGUGGUGUGUCUAUAAUCAGGAGUGGUGAGAGUAUGGAGAAUGCUCUGAGAGCAUGUUGUAAGGGAAUCAAGAUUGGGAAAAUUCUAAUCCACAGAGAAGGAGACAAUGGCCAGUAUGUUUCGAUUCCCUUUAUGAUUGUCUUUCAUUUUUAAAUCAACAUAUUUCUAUGAUUCCAUUUUUUAAUCAACCUCUAUGAUAAACUAUUGGUGUUCCAGAUGCUGUUCAAAGAGGUGUACAACUAGAUCAGAUUAUUUUCACAGAUGUUGCCAUGAAGGGUGAACAUAUCAAGCGCAGUGCUUUAGAAGAUUUAUUCUUGGACACGUAAGCAUGCUUAAUACUUUUUUUUUUCUAUUUUUUUAUUAUUCAAGUGUAUUUAUCUCAGUACAAUACAGUAUGUAACUUUAUUUUGACAUUUGAUGUUGCUAUUGCUGAUUGAUUUUGCUAUUGUUGUUUCGUUUCUUUAUUUUUUUUGGUGGUGUGUGCUCUGUAGCAUUGCAUUUAGUUAGCUUAAUAUUUAGCUCAUAUUUUCUUGAGUCGUUGCACCAGAAUUCCCUUAAUCAAGAGCCAUAUUCUGUCAGAAGUGAAUCAUGUCUUGUUAACAUAAUGAUUUUUCAACUGGUUACAGGUCUUUCCCAGAGCUUGGACAGCAAUUUUGAUUUCUCUAGACAAUAGUGGCAUGUGGAACCUUCGAAUAGACAAUCUAAACUCGUGGUAUCUAGGCCAGGAAACGUACAUUAGUGUUGUAAACUCUGAGUUUUGAGAAGAAUUGGAGAAGCAGCAGAAAGCAAGUUCAAUUCAAUUUUGUUUUCUAGUUUUAGAUAUGCAACACGCAUUUUAUUGAUUUUUCCUCUUUUUUAUUUCUAUUUAAUGUGAUAAACAUUUCCAAUUAAUUUCAGUCACAUGAAAAUGAUGAUUUUUUUGGACAUUUGA